UUUCAACCGAGCACUGAUUCACGAUUUGGACGCGGACGCCCACGCAGAGAGACCUUGUGAUUGAUCUAUCAGCCUUGUCCAGCCAGCGUCUUCCCAUCGUCCACUCGUCAUUUCUCAAUCGACCAGACAGGCAUAUCUGAGCACCUAGGAGACUACCACUGUACCGGAAAUCAGCUCGUCUUCUGUGCCGAUCAACAUGUCGCAAGACAAGGAUCCUCAGUCAGCAGAUAUUCUCGUUCCUUCCACCGAUCCUGAGAAGAAGAAGGAUGAGAGUGAGAAGCCAAAGAUAAACGGGGAUGCAAAAGGCAAAGGAAAGGGAGAAUCGGAAGAAGUCGAGAUCUCUGAAGAGGAUUUACAGCUCAAGACCGAGUUGGAGAUGCUCGUGGAGCGUCUCAAGGAAUCCGACACCAAUCUCUACCUUCCCGCUCUCGAAUCCCUUCGAACUCUGAUCAAGACCUCCACCAGUUCAAUGACCAGUGUUCCCAAGCCUCUCAAAUUUCUCAGACCUCAUUAUGAAGAGCUUGGUCAGAUACGCGAAGGAUGGAGUGACAGUCUGAAAGAGCAAAAGUCUCUCCUUGCCUCGAUCCUCUCUGUGCUGGCCAUGACAUACUCGGAUACCGGAAAGCGUGAUACACUCUUCUACCGUCUUCUUUCUCAAUCUACCGAAGCACCCGGAUCCUGGGGCCACGAAUACGUCCGUCAUCUCUCCUCUGAACUUGGGGAAGAGUACAAUGCUCGUUUUGUCGGAGAAGAGGAACAUGUCAACGGACACAUGAAUGGAGAGGCGAACGGCGCAGCAGAGAAGACAUCAGAUAGAAAUUAUUCGGUGGAUCAAUUGAGAAGUCUGGCUCUCGAGUUGGUGGAUUUCAACCUCAAGCAUAAUGCCGAGGCCGAUGCUGUGGACCUGCUGCUUGAGCUCGAGUGCAUCGAGCAGAUUGUCAGCAGGAUCGAUGAGAAGACAUGGCCGAGAGUGUGUCAGUAUAUGGUUAGCUGCGUGCCAUUAUUGGUACCUCCUGACGAUGUUCACUUUCUGCGAACGGCAUCGGAAAUAUACGCCAAAUUCAACCGCUAUCCUGAAGCCUUGGCCCUUGCUGUGCGUCUGAAUGACAGGACACUCAUAAGAGAGCUGUAUGCAGCGCCGACCAACCCUGUGAUGAAGAAACAGCUAUCAUACUUUCUCGCUCGAGCUCAGAUACCUCUCCACUGGGUUCAUACUGCCGAGGAUACCGAGAAAGAGGGCGACGGCCCAGCGCCGCUGCAAGACGAAGAUACAUUGCUAUGUUUAGGCAAUACGAAAUUGUCGCAUCAUUUCCGCAACUUUGGCAAGGCAGUCGAUGUACAUGAGCCUCGAUCAGUCGAAGACAUCUAUAAAACCCAUCUCGAGACGACACGAACGACACACAAUGCUGACUCUGCCCGUCACAAUCUCGCUUCCACAUUCGUCAAUGCGUUUGUCAAUGCUGGAUUUGGGAACGACAAGCUCAUGGUUGCUGCACCCGAGGGACAAAGUUGGAUCUACAAGAACAAAGAGCAGGGAAUGUUGUCAGCCACUGCAUCCAUUGGAUUGAGCAUGAUGUGGGACUCGGAAGCCGGUAUUGAUUUCAUCGACAAGUACUCCUAUUCAAGCGAGGAGAAUAUCAAAGCUGGCGCUUUCCUCGCCAUGGGCAUCUUGCACUCGGGUAUACGACCGGAUCCGGAUGUCGCUUUCGCCCUGUUGGAAGAGCAUACCAUGUCAAAAUCACUCCCACUUCAGAUCAGCGCCAUCAACGGUAUUGGAAUCGCCUACGCCGGGACUUGCAGAGCAGAUAUCCGUGAUCUGCUGUUGCCUCACAUUGCGGACGACGCGAAUUCAAUGGAAGUGGCGAGCAUGGCUGCAUUGGCGCUGGGCUUUGUGUUUGUGGGGUCAGCCGAUGAGGAGAUUGCCACGGGUAUUUUGAGGACCUUGCUCGAGCGAGAAUCGACUGCUUUGGACUCGGAAUGGACAAUCUUCCUGGUUCUGGCCCUUGGAUUGCUCUUCCUAGGCUCUCAGGACACGUCGGAAGCGACACUGGAAACCCUACGGGCAGUCGAGCAUGAAAUCGGGCAAACUGCCGAGAUUCUGGUCGAUGUUUGCUCUUACGCCGGCACUGGAAACGUGCUCAAGGUCCAGAAGAUGCUGCAUCUGUGCGCGGAGCAUGCCGCAAAAGAGAAGAAGAAGAAGGAUGACCCCAAAGAGCCUGCUACCGAGGGCGCAUCUGGGACUGCCGCAGCGCCUGCUGAGGGAGAUGGAGAUGUCGCCAUGGGGGGAGAAUCAGCUCAGCCAGCUUCAGGCGAUGACGCUCCUGCUUCUGCCCCCGCGGCAUCGUCUAUCGAGGCCCCUGUUCCCCCGCCGCCUGGAGAGGCAGAGGAGGACGAGGAGGACGAAGAUGAGCAGGUGGAGAGCAAGCCUCUGAAGCAUCAAGCGGUUGCUACCAUUGGUAUUGCAUUGAUCGCAAUGGGAGAGGAGGUCGGCGCGGAGAUGGCUUUGAGGCAGUAUCAGCACCUGAUGACGUUUGGAGAUCCUGUCAUUCGAAAAUCUGUUCCUCUUGCCCUUGGACUCAUCUCAGCAUCCAACCCUCAAUUAUCUAUCCUGGAUACGCUUUCGAAAUACUCGCACGACUCGGACCUUGAAGUGGCUCAGAAUGCCAUCAUCGCGAUGGGUCUAGUCGGUGCUGGUACAAACAAUGCGAGAUUGGCGCAAAUGUUGAGACAGCUCGCGGUGUACUACUACAAGGAGCCGGAUUGCUUCUUCAUCGUCCGAGUGGCGCAGGGUCUGGUCCACAUGGGCAAGGGCACCAUUGGACUUAAUCCGUUCUAUCACGAUGGUCAAGUCAUGUCUCGGACGGCUGUCGCGGGUCUACUGUCUGUUCUCGUCUCAUUCACCAACUCGAAAGCUUUUGUGCUCGGCUCUCAUCACUGGAUGCUCUACUGGCUCGUCACCGCCAUGUACCCUCAAUUCCUGAUCACUCUGAACGAGCAACAAGAGGAGUUGGCAACGACUGUCCGUGUGGGUCAAGCUGUGAACACGAUCGGGUUGGCGGGAACGCGCAUGGGUAUCAGUGGUUUCCAAACUCAUCAGACACCUGUCAGGAUAGCGACGGGAGAGAGAGCAGAGUUAGGGACGAACGAGUAUUUCCCAUAUGCCUCGGUCUUGGAGGGAUUGGUGAUUUUGAAAAAGAACGAAGGAUACGAUGCUCAAGAUGUUCAAAUGUAGAAGACAGAGAGACAAGAGGCACACAGACAGAGACAAGACGAAUGUUCUUGCAUUUGCAUGCACAUGUGAUUGAUGAGUGGGAAUGGACACCACGACCUCUCGAGGUGUUGCUGGUUUUUGGGGUGGCUUGAGCACGUGGCAAACUAUUUUGAUUCCGUUUUCAUUAUGAAUGUGGGGC